AUGGAGUUUAAACACCAUCAGCUCAACCUUGGCCUUUUUCUAGAACCCUCUUCUUCUUCUUCUUCUUCCUACUCGGCUCCUGUGAGUCCAUGUAGCGAGCAGAGGGUUUACCCAUGCAACUAUUGCCAGAGGAAGUUUUAUAGCUCACAGGCUUUGGGAGGCCACCAAAAUGCUCAUAAGCUGGAGAGGACUUUGGCGAAGAAGAACAGAGAGAUAAGGGCAUACCGAGGAGAUCAUGAAACCAAUAUUACGAUGAAUUCAACCCAUUUGUGGAAAGUUGAGACAAUCACAGCUGCAGCACCUUUAGUAAUUGGCCCACAUGGGGUUGAUGGUGGGAGAGAGAUAAGGGGUUUCGCAGCUGAAAAUCAUCAUCUUCCUCAUCUUCAUCAUCAUCAUCAAGAUGAUAUUGGCCACCUUGAUUUGUCUUUAAGGCUCUGA